AUGAGGAAAGAGGUAUUUUUGACGGCGGUUUUGGCAAUUGUUUUUGGUGAUGCAGCGAUUUUUGAGAGGUUAGUUUGGGAGAUUUUUUUGAUCCAAUGAAAUUGGAUUUUGAAUUGGAAAUUUAUGUGGAAAUUUUGAAACAGUGAAAUUUUUCUCAAGUUUUUUUUGAUUAUCUAGGAAUGAGGUUAUUAAAAUUCAAUUUUUUGGAAAAAUUUAUGAGAAAAUUUUGAAACAGUGAAUUUUUUCUCUUGCUUUUUUGAUUUUUUAGUAAUUCCGUUAUUAAAAUUUAAUUUUUUAAAGAAAAUUUAUGUGGAAAUUUUGAAACAGUGAAUUUUUCUCAUUUUUUUGUUGCUGUAAUUCCCCGUAUAAAAGUGGAUUUUGAAUUGAAAAUUUAUGAGAAAAUUUUGAAACAGUGAAUUUUUUUUCUUGUUUUUUUUUCACAAUCUACAAAUUGUGAUAUUAAAAUUCAAUUUUUGGAAAAAUUUAUGAAAAAAUUUUGAAACAGUGAAUUUUUGAAAGUAUAAUAAUUGUACUUGAACAUCGGCUGGAAUUUUUUCUAGAAAAUAUAUAUUGAAACAGUAGAAUAUUUAUUGUCUAUUUUUAAUAGAAUUAGAAUCUAAUUCGAAUAAAAUUGGAUUUUGAAACGGAAAUUUAUAGAAAAAUUUUGAAAAAAUUCUGUCAACAAAAUUUGAUUUUUUAAAGAAAAUUUAUAAGAAAAUUUUGAAACAGGAAAUUUUUUCUCAAGUUUUUUUGACUAUCUACGUAGGAAUAGUGUCAUCAAAAUUUAAUUUUUUAAAGAAAAUUUAUGUGGAAAUUUUGAAACAGUGAAUUUUCCUCUCUUUUUUUAGCUAUUCAAAAAAAAAUGAUGUCAUCAAAAUUCAAUUUUUUUCAAAAUUAAUGGGAAAAAUAUGAAACAGUAAAAUUUUUCUCUUUUUUUGUUGGAUAUCUAGAAAUUAUCGAAUAAAAUUAUAUUUUUUGGCAAAAUUAAAAAGGAAAUUUUGAAACAGUAAAAUUUUUCUCUUUCUUUUUUACCACCUAGGUCAAUAAAAUUUGAUUUUUUUUUGAGGAAAAUUAUGAGAAAAUUUUGAAAGAGUGAAAUUUUCUAUAGGAAAUUUGCAAUUUUUCACUGGAACAGAAGAAUAUUGCUGACAAUGAGGUUAUUAAAAUUUAAUUUUUCGACAAAAUUAAUGAGUAACCUUUGAAACAGUGAAAUUUUCUCAUUUUUUUUAGCUAUUCAAAAAAAAUGAUGACAUCAAAAUUCAAUUUUUUGCAAAAUUGAUGAGAAAAAUUUGAAACAGUGAAUUUUUCUCAUUUUUUUGUUGCUGUAAUUCCCCGAAUAAAAAUGAUUUUGAAUUGGAAACCAUACAUAAAAUAGGUCCCCCGAGUCCGUAUUCAAAGUUAGGGUCCCUCCUUGAAAAUUUUCCAAAGUUAAACACCUUCCUCACAUUUUUGAGCGAAUUUUGGACAAAUCUAGGAAUUUUGGUAAAUUAUCAGCAGAAAAUUGGCCAAGUUAGACACCCUUCCCUUCAGAUUUUUGAAAAAAGUUAAGCCCAUACAUGUUUUUCUAUCCGGAAGGCCCUUCGGGUUAAAGACCCCUUUUUGUCAAAAAUGAAAAAGUUAAAGACCCUCCACCGGAAAAAUGAAGAACAAAAAUACUGCCAAAAAUCAAAGUAAAACCUCUAGCCCAGAACCGAACCUUUGUAGCAGGAUUAGAAAGCGCGAGGCUAACCGACUGCUCUAUGCUCUCGUUGUUUUCUCCUCCUUUGUUUUCCCUUGUUAUUAUAGUUGGACAUGGUUCGAAAAAAACCGAGCGAAACCAGUUUUUUGGUUCGCUCACUCAUUUGGUUUUCGGUUCGCCCAUUUGAAAUGGUUUGGUUUGGUUUUGGUUCGCUCACUCAUUUGAAAACCGGUUUUCGCUCAAAUGUCAACUGGUUUUGGGGUAUUAGGUAUUGAUGAAUUUCGAGGUUUUCGGCUAUGGAGAUUCACGUGAUGGACUUAUUUUCACGUAUAAUCACUCUUAAAGGCACACACCAAGCAAAAAAUUUUUUUUUUCGAAAAAUUGGGUAUUUGGGCACGGGGAACAUUUUGGUGAGGUUUACGCUCCAAAACAGACUUUUAAAGACACAUGCCAGGUUAUUAUACAUUUUCGAGACACAAAAACUAUUUUAGCCAAAAUGCGUAUUUUCACUCCUUAGGAGCAACAUUUGAAUUUCGGUCCGAUGAGAAAAAAUUUAGCUGACGACGAGAACGUCAAAAUGGCUGUCGAAAUUUUGAAAAAGCUCAAUAGAUGACAGAGUUAUGAUCGUUUUAGUUUUUGUGUCUCGAAAAUGUAUAAUAACCUGGCAUGUGUCUUUAAAAGUCUGUUUUGGAGCGUAAACCUCACCAAAAUGUUCCCCGUGCCCAAAUACCCAAUUUUUCGAAAAAAAAUUUUUUUGCUUGGUGUGUGCCUUUAAGAGUGAUUAUACGUGAGAAGAAGUCCGUCACGUGAAUCCCCAUAGCCGAAAACCUCGAAAUUCAUCAAUACCUAAUACCCCAAAACCAGUUGACAUUUGAGCGAAAACCGGUUUUCAAAUGAGUGAGCGAACCAAAAACCAAAACCAAACCGAAACCAUUUCAAAUGAGCGAACCAAAACCAAAUGAGUGAGCGAACCAAAAAAACUGGUUUCGCUCAAACCAUUUGAAAAACCACUCAUGUCCAACUAUACUUGUUAUGCAACACUCAUCUUUUUUCUUUUUUUUUGUUUUUUUCACAGACAAUUCAAAUCAAAAGCAAAACUUAACAGCUUAACGGCAACCAAAUGAGCUAAAAAUUUUCACAGCUCUACUUCAAGAUAUUUCACAGGGUUCGAAGACCUAAAACUUUCAAAUAAAGACCGUUUUAAGGGAAAUAAAGACCUAUCCGGAAAAGUAUAGUGUCAUCCUAUACUUUUCCGGAUAGGUCUUUAUUUCCCUUAAAACGGUCUUUAUUGGAGGUUUUUAGGUCUUCGAACCCUGUGAAAUAUCUUGAAGUAGAGCUGUGAAAAUUUUUAGCUCAUUUGGUUGCCGUUAAGCUGUUAAGUUUUGCUUUUGAUUUGAAUUGUCUGUGAAAAAAACGAAAAGAAAAGAAAAAAAUGAUGUGGGCGGAGCCAGGUGCAAUGAGAGAUAUGGUGUGUGGCGCUACCAGCGAACUGUCGGCGAUGAGAGAUAUUGAAAUAUUUCGCGUGAUGCAGAAUGAAACAAGGCGAAAUUUUUGUGGAAACCGUGCUCCUCUUUGAAAGAAGAAGCUGAUGCAGAGGUAAUUUUGAUGACUUGAGAAAUUAAUAGUAAUUUUUUUCAUAAAAGUUAACGACCUAUUUUUCAUGAAAAAUAAAAAAGUUAACGACCCUAUUUUAUACUUUUCCGGACCAAAAACAUGUAUGGUUAAGCCCCUCACCCCGAUUCUGGGGACCCAUUUUAUGUAUGUUGGAAACUUAUGAGAAAAUUUUGAAAAAGUGAAUUUUUUUUUAUUUUUUUGUUGAUUAUCUAGAAUUUAUCUAAUAAAAUUAUAUUUUUUGGCAAAAUUAAAAAAGAAAUUUUGAAACAGUGAAUUUUUAAUACUAUAAUUGUAUUUGAAAAUCGGUUGGAUUUUUUUCUAGAAAAUUUAUGAGAAAACUUUGAAACAGUGAAUUUUUCCUCCAGCCCCACCUCCACCCAAAUCCGCACCAAACGCAACGAUUUCACCAACAACUACGGCUACGGACCAUUCGGUGUAGGACCAACAAAUGGCGGUUUCGACAGUCACGGUUUCUACCGCGACAAAUUCUACAAUUCCGGUCUGCCACCGUUGUACACUCACGCGGCUUAUCGCAAUUAUUAUCAUGAGAUAUCGUUCCACAAGAAUAAAUAUGGAAAACCGGCGCCGACCGAUUUUGAAGUCUUGCAACAGGAAAGAUUUGGACCGUAUUAUGAUGGAGUUUGGGGAUAUUCGGAUCAUUCGAAUAAUUGGUUCGGAAAACGAUAA